AGCACGAAGUCCGGUGGAUGAAAACGCAGACGUUGGAAAUAAUUUUAAUGUUCAUGGAAAAGCAAUAAUGACGGCCAGAAUAGCAUACUGCACGGACAUGGAAAAGUCUGUACUUACUAAUAAUUUUGAGAAAAGAGGUUGGAUCCAAGUUAGUCCUGAUGAUGAGUGGAAUUAUUACUGGGCCGGGGCGCAGACCUGCCGCUCGCUCUUCAGUGUUGACAGUGGCUAUCGCAUGAAUGACAACCAGAUGAUCAACCACUUCCCGACCCACUACGAGCUGACCAGGAAGGAUCUCUUGGUGAAGAACAUCAAGCGUUACCGCCGAGAGCUGGAGAGAGAGGGCUCCCAGCUGGCUGCCAGGGACGCUACAGGACGAUACACUCACCUGGACUUCCUGCCAACUACCUUUAUGUUACCAGCCGACUACAAUCUCUUCGUGGAGGAGUUUCGACGGAACCCCAAUACUACUUGGAUCCUGAAGCCUGCCAGCCGCUCUCAGGGCGUGGGGAUUUUCUUGGUGAACAAGCUGGCCCAGAUUAAGAAGUGGUCGAGGGACACCAAAAGUUCCUUUAACCCAGCGCUCGUCAAAGACACCUACGUCAUCUCCCGCUACAUAGAAAACCCGCUACUAAUAGGCGGAAAGAAGUUUGAUUUAAGAAUGUACGUGUUGGUGACGUCGUACCGGCCGCUGAAGGCAUUCAUGUACAAGCAGGGAUUCUGCAGAUUUUGCACGGUGCGAUACGACACGUCAGGCCAGGAGCUAGACAACAUGUUCGUCCACCUCACCAACGUGUCCAUACAGAAACACGGGGAAGAGUACAACAGUGUGCAUGGCGGCAAGUGGCCUGUGAGGACCCUCCGCCUCUACCUGGAAGGAACCAGAGGCAAGGCGCGUACCGACAAGCUCUUCUCUGACAUCACCUGGCUGGUGGUGCAUUCCCUCAGGGCAGUGGCGCCCAUCAUGGCCUCUGACAGACACUGCUUCGAGUGUUACGGCUACGACAUUAUCAUUGACGACCAGCUUAAGCCCUGGAUGAUCGAGGUGAAUGCUUCGCCUUCUAUGACUUCGACAACAGCCAACGACAGAAUUAUGAAGUACAAGUUGGUUGACGACAUCAUCAACAUCGUCUUGCCGCCUGACGGUGUUCCGAAUGUACACUGGAACAAGGUGCCGGCCAGUGAUAAGUACGGGGACUUUGAGCUGCUUCUGGAUGAAGAACUCUACCAGAACAGUGACCACUCGUCCGGUCAGCGCAGCAAGCACCCUGACAGACACUCCGCACCCAGAUGGAAAUAGCCCACGGUGAAGAAGUGUGCGAGGCCAACCUCCACACUUCCUCGUAUCCAGACGGACACCUCGGCACUGCCAGGAGGAAGCGGAGUGAAGCAUCCAACGGGCAGUAAGGCAGCAGACCAGACAGUCCUCUCACAAAUGGAGGUGGCGUACGGUGAAGAAGAUGCCUCCAGCAACUCCAAAUGCUCUGCUUAUUCUGACAAACACACUACUCUAAACUGGAAGUAGAAUAUGAGUAACGAGUAAGAAUAUGAAAUACCCGAUUCGUGAGCAGAACAUUACUAUAAAGUUGAGGUCCACUCAAUAUGAAUAUUACCAGUAAAAACAAACUAAAUUCCUUUCCUCCAGAUAAGUAGCUGCAACUGCUUGACAAGCAUCAGUUAAUCACUACACUAAUCCUACGUGCAUACAAAAAUCUAGUGCACACAAACACUGAAAAAACAAACACAGAAACAUGGAAGGGUUACGUGUCAUGGAAAUCCGCGCCUCUGCUUACCCCUACGGUGAUGCUCCUCACUAAACUGGCUGGGGUUGUAGCCUGUAUUUGUACGACUAUUACUGUGUCUCACGAUCAUUAUUAACCACUGGUACAAGGUGCACACUUAUACCCUAUGCCAUGAAGCCAUCUCUUCGUUUACAGGGCGUAUGACGGGUGUUGGUGACGUAUGCACACAACUACCCUGAAAUAGGCGAGGCUACAGUCGUUUCGAGCAACAUGAUGCCAUUACGCCUCAGACAUAAUUAUAACCUAACCAAAGAAGAAAACUCAUUUAUAGCAUGAAAGCGUUUGAGUGCAUAAUAAAUGGAAAUGCAUAUAGAACCCUGUGAUGAAUGCAGAUGGACGGAGCCUUAGGAUGAAUGCAGAUGAAGAGAGCUUGAAUAAAAGUGGACACAGUUUUACCAAAAAUGCGCACGAAAGUAAACUAAGGCGGACUCAGAUGUAUGUACAGUUGUGGACCAAAAUCCCUUGACACUUAUAGUAAUAUCUGACAUCUACUUGAAUAACAUAAAUGUAGAUGGUUUAUUAGCUGGCAAACACUUUUUCAUUAUAAACUAAACUAGAAUAACAACACGAAAAAGUUACAGCCAAAAGAAUAAUCUGAGUAAAUGUUAAGUAUAUUUACUUCACUACACUAUUCAAGUACUUUAAAAAAUAUUAUACUUUUACUUUAAAAGGUUGCCGUUACAUUUGAAAGGUUGUUAUGGUAAUAGCUUUUGUUUACAUCACCUGACAAGAGUGUAGUUACUCUUAAGCAAACGAAUCACAAGCGGCGAGGUCUCCUACGACGCAGGGCAGGAACACACAGCACUCACAGCAGCCAUUUCCGAUAGUGUUAACUUCGUGAGCUUCAUUUCGCUGUGGCCAUGUCUACCUUGAAAAAUCACCAUAAGCUUAUUUAAGAGCUAUUUUCACUAAAAAUCAUAGUGUGAAAUUCAGUUAAGUAGCAGUGCCUUUUAUGCAAGCCAAAAGUAGUGGAGCUCAGUGAAUUCAAGAUCUGCACCAACCAUGAGACUAUAGUUAGAGGGGUACCUGGCAAACAAGUCAGCCAGUGAAGAUGUUUUAAAGGGUUUCCCAUCCAUCUUGAAGGCAUCGGUCAAGGAAAACACACCAACAGCAAGGAGGUGUAUCACAUGUCCCAACGUGACGAGGAAACAUCAUUAACGGAGACCAAAUGUGAAAAGGACCUGGGUGAGAGAGUGGAUACAUUGGCUACAAAAAGAAGUUCUUGGACCAUUGUGAGAAGAUAAAUCAAGCAACUAAGCUAGUAGGUCUUAUAAAAAGGUCGUUAGGAGUACCCUCACCCAGUCUGGUUCACGAGAUAUGCUAGAGACUGUCAGCUAAUUGCAAAUGUCCAAAGGAGGUCCACCAGACUGGUGCCUGCACUACGGCACCUCAGUUAUCCAGAGAGAUUAGAACGUCUGCAUCAGUUGACUAACUUACACUAUAGACACGCAAGGGGUGACUUAAUAGAAAUCCCAAAACACCUUAGACGGCAGUAAUCAGUCGAGUGUUCAUACCUGGAACUGGUGGAUGCCCGCCCCAUUAGGGGGGUUACAUAUUCAGGUUGAAGUAGCAGUAAGUUCAGAAAAUGGGGCACACUGAAUUCUUGGAACUAUCUUCCAGAGAGUAUUGUGACAGCACCGAGUGUGAAUGCAUUUAAGACCAGACUUGACCAACACUGGCGCAGGUACAGAUACAUUCUACAGCCAGUGCUUGUCAACAGUGCGUAUCAGAAAAGUGACCGACCGCCCAUGCGGCUUGCGAAGACUAUAUAGUAUAUACUCAAGACAGGAAUGAGUGUAAAAUAGUCGGUAAUAAUACUAGCUGGAACCUCAAGUUAAAAAUGCCUUUAAAGCAUGGAAUAUGUAAAAAAAAAAAUUACUCGUAACGUCACAUCAACGUCUAUGACGUCACGAAGAGCUUUUGGACGGAGCCAAUAGAUGGCGCUAUUAUUGAGGUAUCUGGCAGCUAUACCGUACACAUAUUUCAUAUAUUUUUUAGCUGGAGCUUUCCUAUCUUGAGUAGAGUAUCUUUGGCGGCUAGUAGGCCGAUCAGCAGUAAAGGGGAUAAAGUAUGCGAAACACCUCCUUUAUCGGCUUUUUCAGCAUGCGAACGAUUAUUUAGCUCGCCUCAAGAAGAGAAAAUCUUUUAGAAAACACCUUUGAAAAUCAGUUGCUACUAAAGCUAAACAAGUGAACCGAGUGAAGACCUCUACCAAAGACAAUUGUUUUAAUAAGAAUGAAGAUUUCGCUCAAUGAACGAUCAAUACUUCACCUUUUACUUUUGCCAGCUACUUCAGUACUACAUAAUGAUAGCAGCUUUUAAUUUUACUCAAGUAUUUUCCAUGAAAAUGUACCCAUACUUUUAUUUGAGUAACUAUUUUAAACAGUAACUGUUUUUGCUCAAGUAAACAUAAAUCAAUACUUUACCCAUCUCUGGAUACAUUAUUCUUACUGAAUAGAUACCGGUUAUCAGUUCGAGUUUCCAAUGACCACGAGUCAUGCAACAGCAACACCAUCUAAUAAAUACGAGUCAAUGCUGUCGUUUUCAGAUACUCUAUUCUGGAAAAUCAGAAUACAGUAUAGUGAUACCUUGCAAUUUAAUGUGCUUUCAUGGAAUGCCAAGAGGGAAAUGAUCUCUUUGAAGCAUUAAAAGUAAUUCCCACAUGAUACCAGUUUCUGAAGAAAAAAGUUCACACAAGCAUUACACGUUUUUACCGCCCUCAUCAAGCUGGUGCCAUUACAUAUCAUAUGCAUUAAUUACCUCACCCAUGUCAAUCAUGCCAAAAACUUCUGUAGAUUUGGAGCUUGUUAGCAUACUAGGCUAUGCUUAAAUGCGUAGCAGAUAUCCCAUAAUAUUUUGCUCAAAUUUGCGAUGUUAACCGGUGUUAGUGUCUAGAUUUUAUUGAAGUGUAGUGUAACCCUACCGCUUGAGAAUAGUUGAGUUUGUGUUUAUAAUGUAGCACACAUGAGAUUCGUCUGUUGCUAAAAGUAAUUUUAAAAUGAAAUAUUAUAUAAAAUUAUGCAUGUACCAAUACAUUUUUGUUCAACAUGUAUCCACGACGAUAUUCAUUGUGCAUAAAUUUUAAACCAAUACUCCCUCCGGGCGAGAAGGGCGUAAUGGAGGGUGGGCGGGACAGUUUAAUAAUAGCUUGAUGUGUAUGACCUGCAACUGCCACCUGAGAAAUAAUACUUUUAACUUAAUCUCCCAAUACUUAAUCUAAUUUACAUAUAAUCAUUGCUAUUAUGUAAUUUAUAUACUUAAAAGUAAUAACUAAGCAACGAUUACUAACAAUCACCCUAUUUCAUACGUGCUGGUGUGGCGGGCGUUAUAAAGAACUAAUACUGUAGUUUCUUUACUAGACAACAAGUAACUUUGGAAAAAUUACAAAGAUACUCUGUAGAAUCUUAAUUAAAAAUAUUUCACAUUCUAUAUGUAAUAGAGAAUGUGAUAAAUGCGUCUCAUUUAUCACGGAGUAACAAUUUUUAACAAAUCGUCUAGCUGCUGAAAAUUAAGUCUGAUAAUCUGUAUACAUUACCUGUAUUUUCAAAUAUUGUGAAGCAGCAGUCAAACAGUUAUUUGUGAAGUCAAAAGAAACAGGCAAACACAACCACAAAGUUUGUAAACAUCUAAUGAGCUUUGGCUAGAGGUAACAACACAACAUCUGAACUCCAAUGGGUCAUCAUCAUAGAAGUUUCCGGUAAUAAACACCUCGAGAUAUCUCUUGAAUUCCGGCAGACUCCUCAGCAGGAGCACCCAAACAAUACUGGUGGUGUGAUCGUAGCCAUUACAGGACAUGUCUAUAGAACUGUAAUAUGCAGUUUAUGCUUCAUAUUGUAAUGCAGAGAUACCAUUAACUGUAUAUGUAAAUUUAGCCUGUGCUGCUCGUUAAACAUUUCAUACCUUAAUGAAUAAAGUAUUUACCAUGUUUUUAGUUACCCCUUAUAUUGAUGUAAAUUAAAUUAAACUGAAGACGCACCUGGGACUACUGAAUACAUGUUACCUGUAGGAAUAAAUAAAACAACAGCUUACAUGGUGUGACAUACAAGACUUUUAUUGCAAGACCAAACCCACAAAUUCCUGAAGCAGCCAUUAGCCACGACCUUUGACCUAACCUGACUUACAAAGCUGACCUGAGUCCAGCUGAAUGAGCUGAAGACCAGACCCAGUUUUCGCUCCACCUUCCAGCGUCACCCACCACCAGGUUUGUGGUGACACCUUCAUCACGCCAGGUAAGGCCUGAAGUCGCACCCAUCGGCAACUCCCAGAGAUAUUAUGAGAGGAGAGACGCGGGAAAAUGGCAGAGAGCUAAAAAAAUAACGCUACUUACUAACAUGCGAGGCGCUGUAACAAAAUAAGCUUUAGCGACAACCAAUGGGGCUUGUUACUGACACAAACACUCAAGAAAUUUAUUCUUCCUGCUCCAGGAGGAACAUAAUGUCGUUCUUGAGGUCUUUGGGCUUGGUACCGGGGUCGUAAC